CUGGACAGGCGGCGCUUCCAGAAUCCAGAGGACGGUUGCCCUGUGGACCCGGGAUCCUAGUCGCGGUGCCUUCCCCCUGACUGUUCCUAGCCAUCUGUCGGAUCCCGAGCCACCUAACCUGAGCCUGCGCGCGCGACUGGCGAACCAGACUGAGAGAAUUCCCUGAGCUGGUGUCAGGUGCCACCGGCACUGAAGAUCUCACCAGGAGGGGACGAACAGAGAUAGGGGCCAGCAAGAUGGCAGACGAGGCCUUAGCUGGGCUGGACGAGGGAGCCCUUCGAAAGCUGUUGGAAGUCACAGUGGAUCUGGCAGAGCGGCGGCACAUCCGCUCGGCCAUCCGGGAGUUGCAGCGGCAGGAGCUAGAACGAGAGGAGGAGGCCCUCGCAUCCAAACGCUUCCGUGCUGAGCGGCAGGACAACAAGGAGAACUGGCUGCACUCUCAGCAUCGGGAGGCCGAGCAGCAGGCUGCUCUGGUGCAGCUGGCAGGGCGGCUGGAGUCCAUGAGUGAUGUGGAGGAACUGACUGCACUGCUGCGAGGUGCCAGUGAGUACGAGGAACGCAAGCUGAUCCGGGCUGCCAUCCGCCGAGUCCGGGCCCAGGAGAUUGAGGCGGCUGCCUUGGCUGGGAGGCUGUGCAGCAGGCGACCCAACAGUGGCUCAAGAGAGGACAGCAAUGGGCGGGCAGCACACAGGCUAGAACGGUGUAAGGUGCCAGAACCAGAGAAACGGGAGCUGGAGGCAGAGGUCCUGGAGCCAACCCCAACCCCUGAAGUCACCAGUCGGGAUGUGACCACAGUGACACUCCUGCUACAGGUCCCACCUGGAAGCACAUCCAGCUCACCUGCCUCACCCGACAGUUCGCCCACUUCUGCCUCUCCUGAGCCUCCCCUGGAGCCUGCCGAGGCCCAGUGCCCUGCUGCUGAGGCUCUGAGCAGCCCCAAGCCACCCCCUAGCCCGCCCAGGGCCGCCAGCCCUGAGCCCCAGGAGACUCCAGCCCCCCGCAGCACUGAGAGACAGGAGGUCAAUGAGCUCCUGCCUGGCCCCAUAGAGCCCCCUGCUGUCCAAGGCCCCACCAAAGGCCCCUCCAACACAAAGAGAGCAGACCUAGCUGGACCCCAUCCCUGCCAAAGCUCCCUGUCCGUGCUCAGCCCCCACCAGCCGGCCCAGAACCGAGAGCCCACCCCCCAUGCCAGUGGACCUUCCCCAUUCCAGCGCGCCGGCUCCGUUCGGGACCGUGUACGAAAGUUCACGUCUGAUUCUCCUAUGGCUGCUGGGCUCCAGGAUGGCCCACCUCGGGUGGCUCUAGGUCCUUCAACCCCUGCAAGGCUCCUGGGCCCCUCCCACAUCAGCACCACCCCUGCCUCCUCCUCCAGCAGCUCCUCCUCACAGGGCCCUAGUGACACCUCCUCUGGGUGCAGCAAGGAGCAGCAAGGAGGAGCUGCACGGAAGCUUCAGAGCUGCCCCCAGGAGGAGGGCCCCAGGGGGCGGGGCUUGGCUGCCAGGCCCCUUGAAAAUAGAGCAGGGGGGGCCGUGGUCUGCUCAGAGGAGCCCAGUGCCCUGCUGCCCGUGGCUGUCGGCACUGCUGAGCCAGGGGCCAAUAUGAAGACGACGUUCACCAUUGAGAUCAAGGAUAGCCGUGGCCAGACCCCCACAGGCCGGGUGCUGCUGCCCACAGGCAACCAGAGGGCAGAACUCACGCUGGGGCUGCGGGCGCCCCCCACCCUUCUCAGCACUAGCAGUGGGAGCAAGAGUACCAUCACCCAUAUCAGCAGCUCUGGGACACCAGCCCGGCUGGGCAGUGUCACUCACAUCACCAGCUUCAGCCAUGCCUCCCCUGGUGGCCGAGGAGGCUGCAGCAUUAAGAUGGAACCAGAGCCAGCAGAGCCCCCCUCUGUAGCAGUGGAAGUGGCCAAUGGUGCUGAGCAGACCCGGGUGGACAAAGCACCAGAGAGGCGGAGCCCACUGAGUGCUGAGGAGCUGAUGGCCAUCGAGGAUGAGGCCAUCCUAGACAAGAUGCUGGAUCAGACUACAGACUUCCAGGAGCGGAAGCUUAUUCGGGCUGCACUACGUGACCUCCGACAAAGGAAGAGAGACCAGCGGGACAAGGAACGGGAACGGCGGCUACAAGAGACACGGGCCCGGCCAGGGGAUGGCCGUGGCAACAUGGCCACUGAGACCACCACGAGGCACAGCCAGCGGACAGCCGAUGGCUCAUCAGUCAGCACUGUCACCAAGACUGAGCGGCUCGUCCACUCCAAUGAUGGCACACGGACGGCCCGUACCACCACAGUGGAGUCGAGUUUUGUGAGGCGCUCGGAGAAUGGUGGUGGCAGCACCAUGGUGCAGACCAAGACCUUCUCCUCCUCAUCAUCCAAGAAGAUGGGCAGUAUCUUUGACCGCGAGGAUGAGACCAGCUCACGAGCUGGCAGCCUGGCAGCGCUGGAAAAACGCCAGGCGGAGAAGAAGAAAGAGCUGAUGAAGGCACAGAGCCUACCCAAGACCUCGGCCUCCCAGGCACGCAAGGCCAUGAUUGAGAAGCUGGAAAAGGAGGGCGCGGCAGGCAGCCCUGGCGGACCCCGAGCAGCUGUGCAGCGCUCCACCAGCUUUGGGGUCCCCAACGCCAACAGCAUCAAGCAGAUGUUGCUGGACUGGUGCCGAGCUAAGACGCGUGGCUACGAGCACGUGGACAUCCAGAACUUCUCCUCGAGUUGGAGUGACGGGAUGGCCUUCUGUGCCCUGGUGCACAACUUCUUCCCUGAGGCCUUUGACUAUGGGCAGCUCAGCCCACAGAACCGGCGCCAGAACUUUGAGGUGGCCUUCUCAUCCGCUGAGAUGCUGGUGGACUGCGUUCCCCUGGUGGAUGUGGAGGACAUGAUGAUCAUGGGCAAGAAGCCCGACCCCAAGUGCGUCUUCACCUAUGUGCAGUCGCUGUACAACCACCUGCGGCGCCACGAGCUGCGCCUGCGUGGCAAGAAUGUCUAGCCUCCCAGCCCGCAUGGCCUGCCCGCGGCAAGCUGCCCCCACCAUCCAGGCACCCUCCCUUCCCUGUGAGCCAGCCCACAGCUGCCCUGUCUGUCGCGACACCCUCCCUCGCAUACACAAGCAGCGUUUUGAUAAAUUAUUGGUUUUCAAGGA